AUGAAAUUGAUAAUUUCUAUCUUUGCUAUCGUUUUUUGCUCCGCCGUGAGUGGACAAAACGUUCCAAGGAACCCACAGGAUGUUGUCCCAAUUGUCAGUCAAACCAACGAACACGCUCCUGAUGGAAGCUACAGAUGGAGCUACGAAACUGGUAAUGGAAUCAAAGCCGAAGAAACCGGAACCUUAAAACAAACUAAAGAUCCAGAAAAUCCUGUCGUUGUCGUCGCUCAAGGAGGAUACUCUUACACCGCUCCAGACGGCCAAGUCAUUCAACUUCAAUACGUUGCCGAUGAUGAAGGUGGUUUCCAACCUGCUGGAGCCCAUCUCCCAACUCCACCACCAAUUCCACCAGCAAUCCAAAGAGCUUUGGAUUUCCUUGCUAGUCAACCAAGUACAAACGCUCCAGGAGGUGGUUUUGGAAAAAGGAAAUAA